GUAGGCUAUAGACCAGCCAGGUAGAGGAGGCCUUGGUUCAACAGAAACCUGGGGUAGAGGAGGCAGGAGCAACGCGCUUGACGCACACUAUGCGCACGAGUUCCCAUACGGAAAGAUGUACGUGAGUUAUCUUUUGGAGAAGGAACCCAGCAUGUACCCAAAUUCAGUGCGACAUCCAAGCCUAAACUUGAACCAUCAGAACUUUGUCCCCGCACCUCCACAGUAUUCGGAUUUCAGCGGAUACCACCACGUUGCUGGGAUUAACAAUGACCCUCACCACAGCCAGACGGGGGCCUGGAACCCCGUUUACCCGCCGAGCCGGGAAGAGUGGUCACCCUAUGGGCCGGGGACAGGACCGUCCACAUCUAAUCCGGGGCCAAUAGGCUAUAGUCCCCCAGAGUUCUCUCCAGUCCCACAAUCCGGGCUUCUCCCGUCUAUCAAUUCAUCUGUUGGGCAGCUGUCUCCCAAUUCUCAGCGCAGAACCGCUUAUGAUUGGAUGAGGCGGAGCGUACCACCGGCAAAUUCAGGUGGUAAGACAAGAACGAAAGACAAGUACCGGGUGGUGUACACAGAUCACCAGCGGUUGGAGCUGGAGAAAGAGUUCCACUAUAGCCGCUACAUCACCAUCAGGAGGAAAGCAGAGCUGGCCACGUCUCUCAGCCUCUCAGAACGACAGGUAAAAAUCUGGUUUCAGAAUCGGCGUGCCAAAGAGAGGAAAGUGAACAAGAAGAAGAUGCAACAGCCUCAGCCUGCGUCCACAACAACACCUACUCCCCCAGGCUCUGGCAUGCCCGGCAACGUUGCCAUGGUGACCAGCAGCAGUGGCAGCUUAGUGUCUCCGUCUAUACCAAUGACUAUCAAAGAAGAAUACUGAGGACGAUGGUCUGACGUGAUGGGGGAAAAAAUACUUUUGUCCAAAUCUAACCUGCAAUAGUGACCCCGCCCCCCAGUCAACAGCUCGAGCAUCAUGGGGUCAAAUGCAGGAGUCUACAGCUCCAAAGACAGACAAGAAAUAUAGACUUGCUGCUGUUUCCUUCGCUUCUGUAAAAAAUAAAUAAUAAUAAUAACAAACGUCUAAAGGACAAGAUAGACCAACACGAACGUCGGCCAUGCGCAGUAGAUCACCUGCUGGGUGUCGAAAAACUAUGGCGAAUUCAAUUCGCAGAAUCAUCGGGAAAUAAACAGAAAAUGGCGGCCCAUGUGCUGUGGUUGAAGGCGAUAGGACGGCCACCCGCUCUGCACACGUUCGUGUUGGUCUGUCUUGUCCGAAAGGGAGACAAUGAACAGAGAAAAAGAACUGCUAUAAACAUAUAUAGAUAUUAAAUUGUUGUAUUUCACUGUUAUAAUGGCUUCUACUGUUUCUGUUGUUGAUAUCUCUUCUGCUCUGCCCAUCACAUACUGGGAAUACUUGUAAAUGGUUCUGAUUCCAAGCCAGAAUAAUAAAGUGUAUAUUUUUUAAGUCAUUUGUAUUAAAAGCUUUAUUGUCAA